AAAGUGACCACAAUCGUCAUGAGAUUUAGCCGAAUUAUAGAGGAAUAUCUCAAGAACUCAACUUUGCAUGGAGCCCGGUUUAUAGUGGACAAGGAUGCCAAUUGGAUAGAGCGUAUCUUUUGGGUUAUUUGUCUGUUUGCGUCUUGGUACGCCUCCUGGUUGCUGAUUAAAGCCUCGUUAAGUGCCUUUGAGAACAAUGCCAUCAGUUUUGUGGUGGAGAGUUCGUUUCGCGAUUGGAAUACUAACUUCCCAGCCAUUAUAGUCUGCGAAUCCAAAAAUAUGGAUCGAAUACAGGAGGUGGCUGAACAACUAUGGGGCGCUGAUCACGACUUCACUUUGGAGGAGGUCCUUAGCGAGAUUGCCUUCUUCCGGGGCGAGUCUUAUCAUACAGUUCAUGAAUGCAGUGGCGAAGAAGUGACUGCCUCAUGUUUUUACUCAAAUUUCUCGUAUUACGCUGAAUUAGUUAGAACCAGUUGUGUGGACUCAAUAAGUAAUUGCGAGUGGAAUGGUAAACCAUUUGAGUGCUGCAAGUACUUUCAUCGCAUGGAAACUGAGCUGGGAAUUUGCUAUGCCAUUAAUUCUCUUCAAUCUGGGAAACUUAAAGAGCCUAAGCUAAAUAUGUAUUCAAAUCGUGAUAGAGGACCGGGCUCCCUGGUAAUGGAAUUGCAUAUAGAAGCUACGGUUUUUAUACUUGGUACUGAGGAGGUUCCCACAUUAGUCACACCUAAAACGGAUUUUCUUGUCGUAGGACCCUAUAUUUCCUUUGUAAGAUAUAUCUCAAAGCGUGAUAUUGAGAACGAUGAAGAGAUCCGUCAGACCAGUGUCCAACAGAGAAACUGUCGUUUCGCAGAUGAGAACAUCCUGGAUGUGCACAAGUUCUAUAGCUAUAGUGCAUGUACUGUCCAGUGUCGCAAGGAUCGACAGAUGGAGUUAUGCAACUGCUCCAGUCACUUGUCCCCAAAUUCCCCCGAAUGGCAGUUGUGCAACAUGGAUGGCCUUGAGUGCCUGAAUCGCAAUUACGAGGACCUCUCGGUGAUCAUCGCUAAAUGGUCCAAACGUCGGGGUCGUAAGGGUCUGGUCUGCGAUUGUCUUCCGUCCUGCACGGAGGUGGAUAUCACCACGGUCUUCGAUAGCAAAGAAAAUAUGGCGGGCAGUCAGAAUCCUGUCUCUAGAAUCGAAGUCGGCCUAAUCGAAUUACCCACGGAGCGGUACAAAAGGAAUUUGGUCCGUGGCAAAUUGGAUUUGGUUGUGUCUAUUGGUGGCACUACUGGCUUAUUUGUUGGCGCCAGUCUACUCAGUUUUGUGGAGAUCUUUUACUACAUUACCAUUCGUCCUUAUACCACAUAUAUGAAUGAGAAACGUCGCUUGAAGCGCUUGAUUUUGCCCAAGAGAUUUCAUUGAGUCAGCUUUAAACAUUGCUUUAUUGUAAUCUUUUUGAGCACAAACCUAAUAAAUUCAA